UAUACACUGCACUUUGGUCCGGCCAUGGCGGCUGUGUGGGGAGGCGCAGCAGCUUCCACAUUCCUGAGAGGCACCGGCAGUGACAGGUGCUUGGCACCGUGGAGGGCGCCGAGCAGGGCCCAUGGUGGCGGCGGCCGGGGACGGCUGGGCGGCGGGGUUGGAGUCCAGGUGUUUGCCAUGGCGCCUCCCAAGCCAUCCGGCAAGGCCAAAAAGGUGACGGGCAUGGUGAAGCUGGCAUUGCAAGCGGGCAAGGCGACGCCGGCUCCUCCGGUCGGCCCUGCUCUGGGUUCCAAGGGCGUUAACAUCAUGGCCUUCUGCAAGGAAUACAACGCCAGGACGGCCGACAAGGCCGGCUACAUUAUCCCCGUGGAGAUUACAGUCUUCGACGAUAAGAGCUUCACCUUCAUCCUCAAGACACCUCCGGCGUCAGUGCUACUCCUUAAAGCCGCAGGCGCCGAGAAGGGUUCCAACGAGCCCAAGCGGGUCAAAGUGGGCAAGGUGACGGCGGAUCAAGUGAGAGACAUAGCCAAGGAAAAGCUCCCCGACCUCAACUGCACGUCCAUCGACUCGGCUAUGCGAAUCAUUGCGGGGACCGCUGCCAACAUGGGCAUAGAUAUCGAGCCGCCGAUACUCGUCCCCAAGAAGAAAGCCGUCUUGUAGUGCUUUGCUUUUUGAAAAUCUUAGUUUUGUAACCCGUCAAACCAUGUGUCAAACCAUCCAGAACAAAUUUCCCA